AUGCAAAGCAUUCGAAACAUGUCACCGGAAAAUGAGCAGCAGACGCCGGCCGGCUUGAACUACGACGAUACCAAGUUGACCUUGGGGUUGCCUGGCUCGGGGUCUAAGCGUGGAUUUUCAGAGACCAUUGAUCUUAGUCUUGGGAGCUCAAGCUCAUCGUCGUCAAGAUCAGGGGUUGAAUGUUGUGAUCAAGAUUGUGCUGAUGGUGAUGGGGCCAAAACUCAUAAGCCUCCAGCAGCAAAGUCACAAGUGGUGGGGUGGCCGCCAGUGAGAGUGGCAAGGAAGAACUUGAUGAAGACUUGCAAGUACGUGAAAGUGGCAGUAGAUGGAGCUCCAUAUCUGCGCAAAGUGGAUCUUGAGAUGUACAAUAGCUAUCAGCAGCUGUUGGGUGCUCUUGAGGACAUGUUCUCCUUCUUGACCAUCCGUAAUUAUUUGAAUGAGAGAAAGCUCAUGGACCCUGCAAAUGGAGUGGAGUAUGUACCAACUUAUGAGGACAGAGAUGGGGAUUGGAUGCUUGUAGGAGAUGUACCAUGGAAAAUGUUUGUGGAAUCAUGCAAGCGGCUCCGGUUGAUGAAAAGCUCUGAGGCAGUUGGAUUAGCUCCAAGGACACCUCCAAAAUCCACAAGCACGAGUUGA